AUGGCUGAGCGCCUCAGCCCUCGAAGCUCCGAGGUCAAUGCCUUGGAACAACGGGGAUAUUUGAUAGGCAAAAAAAUCGGACAAGGAUCUUAUGCUACAGUUCAUUUGGCAGAAUAUUGUGAUGCAUCGAAUCCUAAGCGCAUGCAUCUUGCUUGUAAAAUAUUUGAUAAAGAAAAGGCACCUCGUGAUUUUUUAGAAAAGUUUUUUCCUCGUGAAUUAGAUAUACUAACCAAGAUAGAAAAUCCACAUAUAAUUCAGGUUCACAGUAUUCUACAGCGAGGGCCAAAAGUGUUUAUAUUUAUGCGCUAUGCCGAUAAUGGUGAUUUAUUAGAUUUCAUAAAAAGAAACGGCGUUGUACCAGAAAAUCAAGCAAAAUUAUGGUUCCGACAAAUGGCUAGUGGCCUACAAUAUCUUCACAGCAAAAAUAUUGCGCAUCGUGAUCUAAAAUGUGAAAACAUUUUACUGUCAAAAAGAUUCAACGUAAAAUUAGCAGAUUUUGGGUUUGCAAGAAUUUGUACCGAUAGUGAGAGUAGACGCGUGCUAAGUCAAACUUAUUGUGGAUCCGCUGCGUAUGCUGCACCAGAAGUGGUAAGCGGGACGCCUUAUAAUCCAAAACUUGCAGAUGUUUGGUCUCUUGGAAUUAUACUUUUUAUAAUGUUGAAUGCUUCAAUGCCAUUUGACGAUUCAAAUCUACGGAAACUUCUGAAAGAUCAGAUGUCACGAAAUUGGGUAUUUCGCUCGAGAAUUCGUGAUACUGUGACGGCAGCGGCUAAGUCAAUAGUUAGACAUAUCCUUGAACCUGACAUUACGCUUCGGCUGACGCUAGACCGUGUUCUAUCCCACGAAUGGACAAGACCUCGGAAGGAUAAAAGUUCAAGUUUAAUGGGACGUUUAGUACAAUCUGCUCCUUCUGGGCCACACUCACCUGGUAAGCAUGAUGAAGCCGGAACAUCGGCAGGUGCUCGAGUUUCUGGAGACCAUCGCGAAACAGAAAGGGAGAGGCACGAUGACAUCAAUAUGCGCUCUCGUGAC